GCAAUGGGCGUGGCCACAGGGGGUAUGUUUUCAUGAGUUUUCAGCCCCAGUAGAGUUCGCAGUGCUAGCAGUUUUUAGACGUGUUUACCACGCACUUCUAAGAACAACAUGUCUCUCAAGACAGUGGGCACAGCGUUAACUCGAACGAUAUGGAGGGGAAACAGCACCCCUCCUCUCGCCAGGUCCCCAAAAGCGAACAGACUCUCCACCUCAUGCAGGCUGUCUGCAGGGCGAAAGCAGUGUUGCGAAAAAACAAAAGAGGAGCCAAGUUGCAGCUCGGAUUCGGACAGGCCGAGUGGCGACGCGCCGUCGUCCAACGAACCCCCUCACGCAUGCACGGCCGCGGACAAGAGGAGACCCAAGGAGCCCGUGGGUGCUCCCGGUUUAAGUGGUGUGCGACGACGGUCGUUCACCUCCACGGCGGCUCCCAUGGACCAGAGGUCUUACCUGUGGAGCCGUUACAACGAGAUGAAACGGCUGGUUCACGACUUGAUCCCACCGGGUGCAUGUAAAUCCCUCAAUUCUUCCGCCAUCUACGCCAACAACGAGGUCAACUUGGCUGAAGUGGACAUCUAUGGCUUUGACUAUGACUACACGCUGGCUCUGUACUCAAAUGCCCUCAAUACGAUGAUCUACAAUACAGCACGAGGCUUCCUCAUCGAACACUUCAAGUACCCCGAAGGCAUCCGCAAAUAUGAUUACAUUCCCAACUUUGCUGCUCGGGGUCUUCACUACGACAUCCAAAAGGGUCUUUUGAUGAAGAUAGAUGCCUUCCAUUACAUUCAGCCUGGGACAGUGUAUCGCGGCCUGAGCCCAGUGCCAGAUGAGGAGGUCCUUGAGCUGUACGGAGGGACUUUCCAUGUCCCCCUGCAGCAGGACAGCGGCUUCUAUGGAAAGGGACCAAAGGUGAAGCAAUUCAUGGACAUCUUCUCCAUCCCUGAGAUGACCCUCUUGGCUGUAGCCAAUGAUUUUUUCAUCACCAAUGACAUCGACUAUGAUCCAGUUCACCUCUUCAAAGACGUCUCUGAAGCGAUCGGCAUGGUUCACCUCAAAGGCUACAUGUACAAAUGGGUGAUGCAAGAUCUCGAUAAGUUCAUUCUGAGAGGAGAAGAGACAGAUGCUGUUUUGCAUCGUCUGGUCAGUCACGGGAAGAAACUGUUUCUCAUAACCAACAGCCCCUUCAGCUUUGUGGAUAAAGGAAUGACGCACAUGGUGGGAAAAAACUGGAGAGACUUCUUCGAUGUCGUCAUAGUACAGGCGGAUAAGCCGCACUUCUUCACUGACUGUAUCAAACCUUUUAGACGCUUGGACGGUAAUGGAGACCUUCGGUGGGAAAAGAUCAGCAGUUUGGACAAAGGACAGAUCUACAAGCAGGGGAACCUGUUUGACUUCCUGAGACUCACAGGCUGGCGAGGAUCAAAGGUGCUUUACUUCGGGGAUCAUCUCUACAGUGACUUGGCCGACCUGAUGUUGCGUCACGGAUGGCGUACAGCCGCCAUCGUGCCAGAGCUGGAGCAGGAAACCAAAGUGGUGAGCACGGGCCGGUACGCCGUGAACCUCACCUGGCUGCAGGCUUUAACUGGCUUGAUGGAGCGCCUUCAGACACACCGUGACCCAGAGUCUAAGCAAGUUUUUCUGGAAUGGCAGAAGGAAAGAGAAGAACUAAGGGUGUUGACAAAGAACUUGUUCAACCCGCAGUUCGGCAGCAUCUUCAGAACAUGUCACAACCCCACCUACUUCUCCAGGCGCCUGUGUCGUUUCUCAGACAUAUACAUGACUUCCUUAAGCUGCCUGUUGAAUUAUGACCUCUCGUACACGUUCUACCCGCGCCGCACCCCUCUGCAGCACGAGGCUCCUCUCUGGAUGGAUCAGCUCUGCACCGGCUGCAUGAAGACACCUUUUCUGGAGGAGAUGUCUCACAUACGAUGAGAGCUGUGCUCUCCUGAGUGACUUGUAGGAUUUCUUUUUUUUUAGGCCUGGUAAACACUUGAGUUAGCCGGAGAACUUGUAGCAGGGUGUAGUUUUAUCUAAUGCGCCGCAGCCUUUCUAGACCAUACCCGGUGGGGCUGUACGUGACAACGCAAUAAUGUAGGAAUAAGUUGGAUGGAACAUUUUAAACAGAUUUUACCAUAUAAAAGCUACCUUGUAUAAUGUUCAGCUCAUGUGUGAAUAGAGCAGGUGGCUGUCCAGUGAGCGCGUAGUUGUGCUGAUGAGUAAACUCCUGCCUCCAGUACGCUCCGGCUCCUCAUCUAAACCAAACAGAGUAUUUCCUAUAGCAAGAACACCUCCGAUACGCACAAUCCACUGUUGUCUUCUACAUGUGUCAGUGUUACAGUGUCCAGAGUUGUCGUUUCACACACUUGUUUUAAAAACUGCUUAAGACGGCGCUGAAUGACUCCCUCCACACAGCACAGUCAAUCUUCCCCAGUGAAUCCACCAGAGGGAGCUGUAGGUCCAGCUGCUGCCCAGAGAGCAGUAAACAUGUGUUGGUACAAAACUGACAGACAUUCAUUAAAACAAAUAAAGGACAAAAAAAUAUACAUAA